UCGGUCAAUACCCUAACGCACCCAUUCCUCUCGAAACCCUAAUCUCCCAGGUCCCAAAUAUUGCCGCCCAAACCCUAGAUUGGAUGCUCCUCUUGCUCUCCCUUCUCGAGCUUUCAGGUUGCUCGUUGUUGGAAUUUGUGUGUGGCACAUUUCCUUGACUGUUUCUUCGAUUGCAAUAGUUGUGGGAUACGAUUGUCCAGACACAUUUCUCAAUCGAUCCAUUCGCCAAAGAAGCCUUCUUUGAUUCUAUAUUUCUUUGGAAAAAGGGCAGAUUUUGUAGAGAUUUAUAUAGCUUUAAGGAAAGAAAGCUUUUUUCACCCAAGAUUUUGGCUAAUAUAUAUAGUUAGGAGUGUAAGAGAUUAAAGGAGAGAUUUUUUUCUGGGAAAGGGCGAUGAAUUCUCUACAAGCAACGCACUUGUCUCUCGUUUUUCCUGCAAGAAAUCUCCCUCGAGUCUUUGAGCUGGACAGAGGUUACAGAUUCGCAUGUCGAGUUAAAUCUCCAAAGGUUUCCUCAUGCCUGGUGUCGGACGCACAGCAGAAGGUGGAGGCUUCUCUGGAACUGGCAUCGAGGGAGAGCAAAGAAGUGAUGGAGAUGGAAAGGAAUGUGUUUGUGGGAACGUAUGCCCGAGCUCCGGUGGUGAUCAAGAGUGGCAGGGGAUGCAAGCUCUACGAUGUGGAUGGGAAGGAGUAUCUGGACAUGACGGCCGGGAUUGCGGUGAACUCUCUUGGGCAUGGUGAUCAGGAUUGGCUGAAUGCGGUGGUCGAGCAGGCCAACACUCUUACUCAUGUCAGCAAUGUCUACUACUCAAUUCCUCAGGUGACUCUUGGAAAGCGCCUUGUGGAGAGUUCUUUUGCGGACCGUGUUUUCUUUACAAACUCUGGAACAGAAGCAAAUGAAGCAGCCAUAAAAUUUGCAAGGAAAUUUCAAAGAUUUUCACACCCUGAUAAAAAACUUCCUGCUACAGAGUUUAUUGCUUUCACUAAUAGCUUCCAUGGAAGGACAAUGGGUGCUCUUGCCCUAACAAGUAAAGAACAGUACAGGUUACCCUUUGAACCUGUCAUGCCUGGGGUCACAUUCAUAGAAUAUGGAAAUAGUGAAGAAGCCAAGAAAGCGAUACAACCUGGCAAAAUAGCCGCAGUUUUUGUUGAACCCAUUCAGGGUGAAGGUGGAAUUUAUAGUGCCACGAAGGACUUUCUACAGGCUCUACGCACAGCCUGUGAUGAGGCUGGUGCUCUCUUGGUAUUUGACGAGGUGCAAUGUGGAUUGGGCCGAACAGGUCAUCUGUGGGCCCAUGAGGCUUUUGGUGUGAUGCCUGAUAUGAUGACCCUUGCCAAACCCCUUGCUGGUGGUCUACCAAUCGGUGUCGUCCUGACCACCGAAAGGGUUGCUGCUGCCAUAAGCUCUGGAGAUCAUGGGAGCACUUUUGCUGGUGGACCACUUGUUUGUCAUGCUGCCCUUGCAGUUCUGAAUAAAAUCCAGGAGCCCAGUUUCUUGGCCAGUGUAACUAGGAAAGGACUCUAUUUGAAGGAACUACUACUAAAGAAACUGGAAGGGAGCCCACAUGUGAAAGAAAUACGUGGUUUUGGGCUUAUCGUGGGAAUUGAGCUGGACGUCCAAGCUUCUCCUCUUGUUGAUGCUUGCAGAGACGCUGGCCUUUUGGUGCUGACGGCUGGAAAAGGGAAUGUAGUCAGGCUGGUGCCUCCAUUGGUUGUAUCCAAGGAGGAGCUGGAACAAGCUGCCGAAGUUCUAAGUGCAUGCUUGCCUUCUCUCGACGGUAAUACUUCUAACAAAUAGCGGCUUCAGGUUGUAAAAUAUGCAUUUUGUAUGUACUGUUGAUGGUGUCGAACCAUUUUAAAUCUUGGUUAUAAGAUUCUAAAUGUCCUUAUC